GGAAGACGAUCCAAAGGGGUUGGGGGUAGAGGACGGGAGCUGAAGAACAAGUUGAAGCUUCUUACACGUCCUAUUUAUACAAAAUUGUAUCAGGUGAUCUCUUUCUCACUCUAUCUGGUAAAUGAUCAGGUGUAUGGAUUUCCCACUCAUGAGUCUGCAGCAGUGGUUCUGAAAUUUCUAGAGGAUUAUACAGGAAAAGGAACUGUGUAUGCUUUAGAGGUUAAGGUUUCCAAAGAAGGGCAUAGAGCAUAUGCUAAAGUACAGUUUACCAAUAACAGAAGUGCCGAGGAUAUCAUCUCAUUGGCAAAUCAGUGGCUCUGGUAUGGGUCUUCUUAUUUGAAAGCUUGGGAAAUGGACUCUGACAUCAUACCAAUGCCUCGGACCUAUGCGCAUUGCAUGGAACAGCAUGUUACCUCCCUUUACAUGUCUUGUCACGUGUUUUUGCUUAUACAUGGACCAGCACUUAAUAUCAAUUUUUUCAGCUUGGUCGUUCCACGGAGAAUGGAUAUUGGAUGUAUUGAACAUGCCCUAGAGAAACUGUCUCAUUUGAAGGAGUGCUGCUAUAACCCUCUAAGGUGGAUUUGUCAGGAAUACCUAAAAUACCGCACUUCUAGAAAACUUCCUAAAACGCCUGAUUUUGCUUUAGAUGAUGGGUUGGUAUAUGUACGUAGGGUUCAAAUAACCCCAUGCAAAGCAUAUUUCUGCGGUCCAGAGGUUAAUGUGUCUAAUUGCGUAUUACGCAAUUAUUCUGCAUAUAUUGAUAAUUUCCUUCGGGUUUCUUUUAUCGACGAGGAGGGGGAUAAAAUGUAUUCCAUGGACUUAUCUCUCCGUACAGCUUCUGCAAACGACGACAGAAGAACUGCCGUUUAUAAGAGGAUACUGUCAAUUCUUAGAAAGGGCAUAGUUAUUGGUAGUCAGAAAUUUGAGUUUCUUGCCUUUUCAUCAAGUCAGCUACGGGAUAAUUCUGCUUGGAUGUUUGCUUCAAGACCUGGGUUUACUGCAGAUGAUAUUAGAACGUGGACGGGUGAUUUUCAUCAAAUCAGAAACGUGGCGAAAUAUGCUGCCAGACUUGGUCAGUCCUUUGGUUCCUCCACAGAAACUUUGAAAGUUGCUAAGCAUGAAAUUGAAAUUAUUCCUGACGUUGAGGUUGUAAGAGGUGGAGUCAGAUACGUUUUCUCUGAUGGAAUUGAGAAAAUAUCUACUGAUUUAGCUCGCAGAGUUGCUACAAAAUGUGGCCUUAAAAGUUCUACUCCUCCAUCUGCCUUUCAGAUCCGGUAUGGUGGAUACAAAGGUGUUGUGGCUGUUGAUCCCACUUUAUCAAUGAAGUUGUCACUGAGAAAGAGCAUGUCCAAGUAUGAAUCAGAAAACACAAAAUUAGAUGUUCUGGCAUGGAGCUAG